AUGAGGCCGCGGCCCGACGGUCGGGGGCUCCGGGCGGGAGCCGCGCUGUCGCCCGCGCUGCUGCUGCUGCUGCUGCUGCCGCCGCCGCCGCCGCUGCCGGGACGCCUGUGGGCGGCGGGCACACCCGCGCCGGCGACGCCCGGGGCUCGGCAAGACGGCGCGCCCGGCGCGGGCCGCGUCAAGCGCGGCUGGGUGUGGAACCAGUUCUUCGUGGUGGAGGAGUACACGGGCACCGAGCCCCUGUACGUGGGCAAGAUCCACUCGGACUCGGACGAGGGUGACGGGGCCAUCAAGUAUACCAUCUCAGGCGAGGGCGCUGGGACCAUCUUCCUGAUUGAUGAGCUGACGGGAGACAUCCAUGCCAUGGAGCGCCUGGACCGGGAGCAGAAAACGUUCUACACGCUGCGGGCUCAGGCCCGGGAUCGCGCCACUGACCGCCUGCUGGAGCCCGAGUCGGAGUUCAUCAUCAAGGUCCAGGACAUCAACGACAGCGAGCCCCGCUUCCUGCACGGCCCCUACAUUGGCAGCGUGGCUGAGCUCUCACCCACAGGCACGUCGGUGAUGCAGGUGAUGGCCUCGGAUGCGGAUGACCCCACGUACGGCAGCAGCGCUCGGCUGGUGUACAGCGUGCUGGACGGCGAGCACCACUUCACCGUGGACCCCAAGACCGGCGUGAUCCGGACGGCCGUGCCCGACCUCGACCGCGAGAGCCAGGAGCGCUACGAGGUGGUGAUCCAGGCCACAGACAUGGCGGGCCAGCUGGGCGGCCUCUCGGGCUCCACCACCGUCACCAUUGUGGUCACCGACGUCAACGACAACCCACCCCGCUUCCCACAGAAGAUGUACCAGUUCAGCAUUCAGGAGUCGGCCCCCAUCGGCACGGCUGUGGGACGAGUGAAGGCCGAGGACUCAGACGUGGGCGAGAACACAGACAUGACUUACCACCUCAAGGAGGAGAGCGGCAGCGGCGGCCACGUGUUCAAGGUCACCACGGACAGCGACACUCAGGAGGCCAUCAUUGUAGUGCAGAAGCGCCUGGACUUCGAGUCCCAGCCCGUGCACACCGUGGUCCUGGAGGCCCUCAACAAGUUCGUGGAUCCCCGCUUCGCUGACUUGGGCACGUUCCGCGACCAGGCGAUCGUGCGCGUGGCCGUGACCGACGUGGACGAGCCCCCCGAGUUCCGGCCGCCCUCCGGCCUCCUGGAGGUGCAGGAGGACGCGCAGGUGGGCUCCCUGGUCGGCGUGGUGACGGCGCGGGACCCCGACGCCGCCAACCGGCCCGUCCGGUACGCCAUUGACCGUGACUCGGAUUUGGAUCAGAUCUUUGAUAUCGAUGCGGACACGGGCGCCAUCGUGACGGGCAAGGGGCUGGACCGCGAGACCGCGGGCUGGCACAACAUCACGGUGCUGGCCAUGGAGGCUGACAAUCAUGCCCAGCUCUCCCGGGCAUCCCUAAGGAUCCGAAUCCUGGAUGUGAACGACAAUCCCCCAGAGCUGGCCACCCCCUACGAGGCAGCGGUGUGCGAGGAUGCCAAGCCAGGACAGCUUAUCCAGACCAUCAGCGUGGUGGACAGAGACGAGCCUCAGGGCGGGCAUCGCUUCUAUUUCCGCCUGGUGCCUGAAGCACCCAGCAACCCUCACUUCUCCCUGCUUGACAUCCAAGACAACACAGCAGCGGUGCACACACAGCACAUGGGCUUCAACCGGCAGGAGCAGGAUGUGUUCUUCCUGCCCAUCCUGGUGGUGGACAGCGGGCCGCCCACCCUGAGCAGCACGGGCACGCUCACCAUCCGCAUCUGUGGCUGCGACAGCUCCGGCACCAUCCAGUCCUGCAACACCACAGCCUUCGUCAUGGCCGCCUCCCUCAGCCCAGGCGCCCUCAUUGCCCUCUUGGUCUGUGUCCUCAUCCUGGUCGUGCUGGUGCUGCUGAUCCUCACCCUCAGGCGCCACCACAAGAGCCACCUGAGCUCGGACGAGGACGAGGACAUGCGGGACAACGUCAUCAAAUACAACGACGAGGGCGGCGGCGAGCAGGACACCGAGGCCUACGACAUGUCGGCGCUGCGGAGCCUCUACGACUUCGGCGGCGAGCUCAAGGGCGGCGACGGGGGCGGGGGCCCGGCGGGCGGGGGCCCGGGCGGCGGCGGGGGCGCGGGCAGCCCCCCGCAGGCCCGCCUGCCCUCGGAGCACCACUCGCUCCCGCAGGGGCCGCCGAGCCCCGAGCCGGACUUCUCGGUGUUCAGGGACUUCAUCAGCCGCAAGGUGGCGCUGGCGGACGGGGACCUGUCGGUGCCGCCCUACGACGCCUUCCAGACCUACGCCUUCGAGGGCGCGGACUCGCCGGCCGCCUCGCUCAGCUCGCUGCACAGCGGCUCGUCGGGCUCCGAGCAGGACUUCGCCUAUCUCAGCAGCUGGGGCCCGCGCUUCCGGCCCCUGGCCGCGCUCUACGCCGGCCACCGCGCGGACGACGAGGCCCAGGCCUCCUAGCGCCCCCGUCCUGCCGUCGGGGCGCGCCUCCAGGCCCACUGAGGGCCCGACGGGGCCCCGGGACCCAGCAUUUCCCCUGCUCACCCCCUUCCCCAGCUCUCCCAGCCUCCCAGGGCGGCCGGACGGGAGGGAGGACUCGUUGGGGGCGGACACCCCGACGCCCCCUCUGGCCCCCCACCCCCCCUCCCAGGGGGUGGGGUGGGGCAGCUUUUGCCCAGACAUACGGGAAUUACCACCAACGUCAUUAAAACUGCAGCGAGACCCGG